GCCAAUCGGAAGUGUUGGAGCUUGGGCCUGCGGAUCGGAGGUCGGUUCCCGAGCCAUGAAUAUCUUGCCCAAGAAGAGCUGGCACGUCCGGAACAAGGACAAUGUCGCCCGCGUGCGGCGCGACGAGGCCCAGGCCCGGGAGGAGGAGAAGGAGAGGGAGCGGAGGGUGCUGCUGGCUCAGCAAGAGGCCCGCACAGAAUUCCUGCGGAAGAAAGCCAGGCGCCAGAACGCACUGCCUGAGCCGCCGGAAGCAGAUGCAGGGGCUCCACGUUCUGGCCCUGUAGACCUGUUUAGGGAGCUGCUAGAAGAAGGGCAAGGAGUGCCUAGAGGAAAUAAAGAACACGAGGAAGAGAAGCGGCAGGAGAAGGAGAGGCAAGAGAAAGCACUAGGCAUCUUGACAUACUUGGGCCAGAGCGCAGCAGAGGCCCAAACUCAACCUCCUUGGUACCAGCUCCCCCCAACACAAAGGGCUCCAGGCCCAAGCCCAGAUGAGAAGAUCAAGAACCGACUGGACCCCUUGAGGGAGAUGCAGAAGCACCUAGGAAAGAAAAGGCACAGCAGUGAAAGCCACCCUUCCAGGGAGGAGCGGCCUCAGAAACAGCGGCCCAGAGGGCCACCUUCCUUAGAAAAGCUCCGAGCUGAGCGUCUUCAGCGGGAAGCAUCUGAGAGAGCUCGAGCAGAAGCCUUGCUGGCCAGAGUACAAGGCCAGGUAUCCCAGCAAGGGCAGGUGGAAGAGGAAGAGACAGAUGAACGGAGGCGGCGGUAUAACUCCCAGUUCAACCCCCAGCUGGCCCGGCGCCCACGGCAGCAGAACCCCACUCCUGCCCACUGA